AGCUCCGCAUGGCAGAUAUCAUGCAAGCUAUUGAGCGAGGUCACAUCAAUGCUGCACAAUCUCUCCUCGAUGGCGUAUCCCCUGAUAUACAAGACCGGACGGGCCGAACGAUCUUCUCCCGAGCUGUUUCACUCGAUUCAAAGCAAGAUCUCCCAAAUCAUCUCAAUGCAGAAGUUCUGUUUGACCUCCUCAUUGCUAGAGGCGCUGACCCCGACCUCGGAGAUCAUACGGGAGAAACACCCGUGCACUGGGCGGCAAAGGCAGGUGAUCAUGAGAUGGUGCGUCUACUCUUGCAAAAGGGUGCUCUACCGGACCUCCCAGACAAAUGGGGCCGCACGCCAUUAUCUCGAGCUGCUGAGAGGGGACAUAGCUUGCUUGUCGAGCGACUUUUGGUUGACGGCGGUGCGGAUUCUAACAGUAGAGACAAACGCGGUCGGACACCGGUAUCUUGGGCUGCUGAAAACUCACAUUUACACAUAGUGGAGACAUUGGUUAACCAUGGUGCCGAUGUGGAGAUCCGUGAUAAUGAGGGCCAGAUACCCUUGUGGUGGUUUCUAAACCAUACAGACCGAACUAAUCCAACUGAUCGAGAAAUUGCCAAAGACUCGGUGGACUUCCAGCGGUGGUGUUCAAUUCUUGGCCCCAAAUCAAGCAUAGAACCUGUUACCAAGAAGCGACGAACAUUCCUGGCCUGGGCUUGUGAGCGAGGCGACCAGCAGCUGGUGCAGGAAUUGCUCCGAACGAAGUGGACGGACCCGAACUCGAUUGAUCGCCAUAGGAAAACGCCGCUUAUCUAUGCUUUGGAGUGGAAACACUACGAAAUUGCCGACAUACUUAUGUCUGGGGUAGACCCGGAGAGAACGAAAAAGGACUGCGUGUCACUGCAUCUCCUAAUACGAGAAGGUCGAUCCCGUCUAUUAAAACUGUUCUUAGAGCGAUACAAGUCCAAUCUAAAGGAGGAAGAUACGUACAGUGCAAUCCCUCUCAUGAGGAUGGCCCUCCAGCAAAGUGACCGGCCGACCGUGAGACUCCUCUUAGACUACAAAGCAAGUACGCAGGGGCUGAGAAGUAGCGAUUGGUUUGGACCCUGUAGCACAUUGAGAGCGGCUGAACCUCUAGUGGGUCUGAAUAAAGCGAACUGGGAUGGGUAUUCCUCUAUACCAGUAAUGGAAAUGACAAUCCAGGAGCGUGAUCGCACCGCAGUUGCCACUCUACUCGGCAAACGUGCUCGAAUUCUAGAGAUCGAGGACGAUGAUGAUGACUUCGCGCAGUACUCAAGCAACAUCCAGCAGAGCAUCGCCGUGGAUAUAAUGACGUAUAAAGACGGGCGACAGGCUGUAGAGUGGAUUCCGGAGGACACAUUCGACCAAAAAAUGAGAAAACUGACAAAGAGCCCGGACGAGAGUCAUCUGAUGACGUUUAGUCUGUCCAUCGUCAUGCAUUUCCAGAACAUGAAGGCCCCCCAGGACUCGCUGGACGACAACAGUGGCGAACACCAUCGCGUCCGAACAAUUGAAUGGUCGGUACUUGAAGCCCCUCCGAAAACAAUUCACUACUUCAGCAAUCUGCCAUUUGGCUGGACCCCGCAAAGCGACUUGGAGCUUAUUGAGCUUUUCAUGCAAACAUGGAAGGACGACUGGAUAACCUUCUGUCGAGAUGAAAGGAGAAACCUUGGGCACUUGCUGGCCGCUGCUGGAAAAGACGACUUCCUAAUUGACGCUAUAGCGGGAAAUAUGCAAAGAUGGACCCAAAUGCAAUGGAUGCUAGAAGAUCAACUCAACCAGGCGAAGGAAUUCGUCGCACAGUACCAAACAUUCACCGAAAGUCGCCAGCUCAGCGAGUACAUGGGUAAGAUUAUCACUACUUUUGAGCAUGAUGUUUCAUGUCAGAUCGAUAAAAUGGAACAGGGGAUUAGGGACUUGCUUCAAGUGGAAUUUGCAUGGGUGUCAAUCAAUGAAGCUCACCGAUCGACUAGUCUAGCCGCAAGCAUGAAGCGGAUUAGCUGGAUCACGUUCAUAUUCCUCCCUCUAAUGUUUGCCUCUAGUCUUCUAGGAAUGAACGUAGACAUCCUCAAAGAUGACCCGAGGUGGUGGUGGUUUCUCAUAAUCGGAGGUUCCCUGACAUUUCUCACGGUAUUCACUUGGAUUGGUACCAGAUUCACACGACUUGAAACAUGGCUAGAGCAAAGGGUAUGGACACAACCAAAACAAAGGCCUUACUCCCUCGAGCAAAAUAUGAGGCCGUUGAGCAGAUCGUUGCAGCAUUAGCCGCCUAACCUGUAGUGAGCUGAGCUAUAAUAGUAGCUACAGUAUUCCCUGACCAUGUUCCACGGCCAACGUGCAACCUAUGUUUUGAACUUGUCGUCACAGACCAUUAUGUAUGGCAUUUCUUGUUGCCAUCAGCAUUCCUUUACCUCCUAGACUCUAUAGAUCUUUGGGUGGAUUCUUUCUACCACUGACCUGCUUUGUUAUGACUGGCUGCUUUACAGGCCCCAAACCUUCUCACAAUCUGCAUC